AUGCUCCGUACCUUAACCACUGAACAGAAACAUGAUUGGAAACAACAUUUGAACAAAGUUGUUCAUGCCUACAAUGUUACACAACAUGAAACUACAGGUUAUUCACCUCAUUUCUUACUAUAUGGACGUUCACCUAGACUACCAAUUGAUCUAGCAUUCAGAUUAUCCCCAGAUGGAGAUGCUGAUAGGACUGAACACCAUGAGUAUGUCAAGAAAUGGAAAUUGAGGAUGGAAGAAGCAUAUAUCCUUGCAAGAUCAAAGGCACAUAAGUUGGCUGAAAGAAGUAAAAACCGACAUGACCAACAACGACCAAUCAGGACAUCAUUGUUGCCAGGUGAUAGAGUUUUGAUUAAGAAUUGUGUUCCGCCUGGUGGGCCCGGAAAACUCCAGAGUUUCUACGAAGACAAUUUACACAUAGUGGUAGCACAGAAGCGUGAGUUACCUGUGUACGAGGUUCGCCCAGAACACGGAAAUGGUAGAACACGGGUUCUACAUAGAAACUUACUCUGUCCAUGUGAUGCCUUGAUAACAGAUACACCAAAGUUUGGAACUACCUGUACCAAGAAAGUAAAGAAGGUUCCAGAACAAAGAGUACGAAACACAUCAGAAGGACAUACAACACAAUCCGGUGACGUUGCAGAUUCUGACGAUGAGGAUGAGGUGUACUUACCAUACACCCUAAUAACUGAACCAAACUCACAACCACCACAUGCACCUACCGGUGAUGGUUCACAC